AUGUCUCAGGAAUCUAGUCGUGACUAUGACACUCAGUCAUUGACGGCCAGUGUAACAGAUUAUCCCAUUGAGAAUGGCAGACGAUACCAUAAGUACCAUGAAGGAUCGUAUAUAUACCCGAACGAUGAGCAGGAGCUGGAUCGGUUGGACAUGCAACACCAUAUGAUAAAAAUGGUCAACGACGGACGCCUGUUUCUUGCUCCACUAGAACACCCCAAGCGAAUCCUUGAUAUCGGCACUGGCUCUGGAAUAUGGCCCAUCGAGAUGGGUAAGUAUUCCUUCCGUAUCUCGACGCCACUUUCGAACAAUCCCUUACCAUUUUCUUUCUACGCAGCGCCCGUCUUCCCAGAAGCCGAGAUAAUAGGCACCGAUCUUUCGCCCGUUCAACCAAACGAAGUUCCUGAAAACGUUCACUUUCUAGUGGAUGAUGCUACUGAAGAUGAAUGGUUAUGGGGCUCCGACCACUUUGACCUCAUCCACACAGGGCACAUGUCAGGAUCCUUACCCUCAUUUAAAGAACUCCUACGCAAGGCUUUGAAUCACCUGAAGCCAGGAGGCUAUAUGGAAUGCCAUGAAUUCGACCCGAAACCAAAGUGCGAUGACGGCACAAUGCCACCGGACGACCCUGAAAAGUUCAGUGAAUUUGCUCUGCACGACUGGUGUGAUCUAAACAUCCGCUCUGGCCAGAUCACAGAUCCCCCACGGCAGUUUCGUGUAGCCCACAGAAUUGCUCGUUGGAUGAGAGAGGUUGGAUUUGUGGAUGUACAAGAACGCAUCAAGAAAGUUCCGAACAACCCAUGGCCUACCGACCCGCACAUGAAAGAAAUUGGCAAAUGGAAUGAGGCAAACUGGCUAGAAGCCUUAUCGGGAUGGUCCUACAAACCUCUUACUGCCUUGGGCUGGUCGAAACCCGAAAUCGAGGUAUUCCUGGUUGACGUCAGGAAAAGUAUCCAGAACCGCGACGUUCACAGUUACUUGGACUUUUUUGUCGUGACGGGACGAAAGCCACUACCAGGGGAGCAAAAUCCAUGA